AGCCGUUCUGGCCCGAGCAGAGGCACGGAGGGGGCGGGCGGCCCGCGGCGGCGUGGGUGGCGAGGCCGCGGGUGGCCGCGGGGCUUGGCCCGCAUGGCGCAGCAGCGUUCGCGCAGCCCGCCCGCGGAGCAGGGCCACGGCGAGGAGAUGAGUCGGAGCGGAAUCAUUUCCUCGAUGUCUGCUACUCCUUCCUGGACUAUCUACUGGGACUGUCAGCACGACAUCCAGUCGCUGCGUGCCAAGCGUGCGAGGGUGGCGGACCCGCUGGACCGCGCGCUGUGGCCGAUGGACGAGGAGUCUUGGAUUGCUUCCGUCUCUUCACGCAUCAAGGCGAACGCGGACUUCCUGAGGCUCCUGCCGGCGCCCGAGGUGUGCUGCGCCCCGAUCGAGCCGCCCGAGAGGGCCCUGUCCAUCCCGCCGGGCCACCGCGUCGAGAGCAGGAAUUCCUCCAAGGUGCGGUCCACGCUGCGGCAGUUCGUGCGCGACUGGGCCGUCGAGGGCGCGCCCGAGCGGGAGAUGUGCUACGGCCCCCUGAUCGAGGCCCUGCAGCGCCACCUGCCAACUGGGGCGCGGGGCAGCCAGCGGGUGCUGUGCCCCGGCAGCGGGCUCGGGAGGCUGCCCUUCGACCUCGCGAGGGUGGGCUACGCCGCGCAGGGGAACGAGUUCUCCUACCACAUGAUCAUGGGGAGCCAGCUGGUCUUCAACCGGACCAGCAAGGCCUUGUGCUUCACGAUAUACCCGUUCGUCACCAGCAUCGCCAACCGGCGCCGCGCCGCCGACACCCUGCAGGCAGUCAGGAUCCCGGACCUGUGCCCCGUGGAUGCGCUGCCCGAGGGGUCGGACUUCUCCAUUCGGCGGCGAGCGAGGGGGGGAGAGAGGGAGAAGGCCUUCUCAAAAGGCGGCGAGACUUCUCAGAAGCCUUCCGGCCUUCUAAGAAGUUUUCUGCGUCUCUGGGGAAGGCC